CUCAAAUGACAGCAUUUCUUCCACUAGUUCGCGCAAGCUCCACUACUUCCUUGACCGGCCAGUUCUUUUCGCGUUGACAGUUUUGGAUAAGAGAACAACAUGACUUGCAAACGUAGAAACGGUGGACGUGCUAAACACGGCAGGGGUCACGUUAAACCUGUUCGAUGCACCAACUGCGCUAGAUGUGUGCCAAAAGACAAAGCUAUUAAGAAGUUUGUCAUCAGGAACAUCGUCGAAGCAGCGGCUGUAAGGGAUAUCACGGAGGCUUCAGUCUACACACAAUACGUGCUCCCUAAACUCUACGCCAAACUUCACUACUGUGUAUCUUGUGCGAUUCACAGUAAAGUAGUUCGUAAUAGAAGUAAGGAAGACAGGAGGAUUAGGACUCCACCUCAGAGGAACUUCCCUGGUGGAAGAGACCAAAACAGGCAACAAAAUGCCCCCAGAAAGUGAGAUGUUAUUUUCACGAUAAGCCUAAUAAACGUUGGCUAAGAAA